AUGAUCGACUUCAUGCCUCUCCCAAGGUCUGACAACUAUGACGUGAACGGGGCAAGAUAUCUCAUUCACUUUUCAUUCCCAGAGGACUCCGAAAGGUGGCAUGUCAAAUGCAUGAAUCUUGCAGCACUUGCUAAAGAUGAUCCGGAUUGGGGAUGGGACACGUCCGAUCCUCUGCCCGACGGGAAGUUUGCAAGUAUAGAACGAGGACUCGAGCAACUAAAAAUGAACGACAUCAGCAUCAACAUCAGAGAUGACUCAGAAGAUGUCGUGUUGAUUACAGGCUUUGACGAUGCUUACAGGGCCAGGCAGAAUGCAAAUAUGAGAGUACCGGAUCUCGAUGACGAUAUCGCAGAACUGCUUUCUCAAUUUCGAUUCAUCGCCUUCUUCUUCUAUGAGGUCGAGUUGCUCACUGCUGUUACUCACUACUGCCAAGGAGACUUCGAGUUUCCCGGUAAGAACUUCGCGAAAUUUGUGAAAAGAACACCACAGCCUGGCCACAGCCUGCAAGAAUGCGUCGCCCCUGGCAAAAGACAGCACAUCAUCAUCUACUUCAGCCACAAAAGCUAUGAGAAUAUCUCAAGAUCGACAAUCGGUCUAUUCGACAGAUACGACAUGGAGCAAGACCCAGCGUUUCUCUUCAUGAGUGAGUACGCGUCUAGUUAUGAUGCGUGUGCUUCCGAGUCACGAGCGCGUGGGGAGUUAUUACCUCAACUACUUUUCGGGCUGGAUGAUGAUGCUUCUGAUGACGAGGAUGUUUCUUCGUUGGGGCAGGACAUCGGAAUUCUUGACCGUGGUGACGUUCCUGGACAGUAA